CCAGCCUGUGCAACGGUUAUUAGCGGAGAAAAUGGCCAUUCAGAUGAAACAAAUCCAGCUUUUCCUGCUGCUCUCGCUCGCCAUCAUCCUCGGUAUCGCUGGGGAUCGGGCACCACCGUUCAAGCCAUUACUUCCGCCCUCCGGCUACACACCCAAGGUUCCGCUGAUGUUCCCAAGCUUCGUCCCCAAGUCACGCCAUAUGCUCGGCCACCACAGUAGCAGCAGCAGCGGAAGCCUUAAGCCCUACAUGACGCAAUUCCGUGCUGGUACACGGCUGGCUCCAGUAGCGAUCAGGCCUGCUCCUUCGAUGAUUAUGAGUUUGAAAAGACCCAUCAAAUCCAUUCUAAGCCACCCUUCGCUUAUGAAGCAACCGCUACUGAAACGGCCAUCACCGUUGGCUUUCACCAGUGGGGUCAGCGCCAGCAUCAAGCACCACAAGUUCCUGAGCUCACCACCGGUGGGACCGAGCACGGGAGAAAUUGUGUUCGAGAAACUGAAACCGAUCACCACCAAGCUUACGGCGCACAAGGACGGUGCCAUACAUACGAUACCGGCCCCGAAUCUGGGUCUGACGAAGGCCCCGAAAGCACCGAACCAGAUCCGCGUGACUUCCUACGAGGACAGCAACAAGCUGGAGAUUGAGGUUAAAACGACCAAGCCCACGUUCAGCACGGCUUACACGGCCAAACCGCUCGCCUACCAGCUGCAUCCGACGCCAUCGCCCAUCGUGGUAGGAGGACCGUACAAACAUCAUGCGAUUAAUAACCACCAGUACCAGGUGACCGAGGAACACUCGAACGAUGUGACGAUCGGGGAUCCGUUUUCGGGCAAAAAGACGUACUUUGCACCCGAUCCCGAUCCAUCGCUACCAAGCAAAUCGCUCAUCCCGACCUCGGAUCCCCUGAGUACGCCAAGCAAUGGCAAAUACGCACCAUCAUCCGACUUGCUACUACAGUCGGGCCAUCACCAGCAGCAGCAGCUACACUAUCCCAUUCAACCGCAAACCAGUGCGUCGGCCGUGAUUCAGUACGUCAAUGCGGUGCCCCAGGGCAGCUACGCCAUUCCACUGGCAACGCAACCGCAGCUGCAGCAACACAUCCUACAGCAGACGGCCAUGCUGCAGGAGAUGCCCGUUUCGCUCUAUAAUCCUACCUAUCUCGUGACCCAAUCCAACAACCUUUUCAAUACCCACCAGCAGCAGGGUGCGGUCAAUCUCUUCAAGCCCGACAACCACUUCCUAGGCGCAGUGCAGCAUCAGCAGCAGCAGCAGCAAGUGCACCAGCUGCACACGCAAACACCUGCUCCGGCGGUGCUGUUUAAUACGUUCAGCAAUUACAAGCACGCCGAACCGGCGGCCAGCACCGGCCAGAUCCUGACGGCAACACAGGAUCAGCUGCACGAACUGCAGUCGGUCGUCAGCCAGAUACAGCUCAACGACAUUCAUCAGCAGCAUCAUCAUCAUCCUCUUCAGCAGCAGCAGGAACAGUCGGUGGAUAUGCCGACGUAUGCGCAGCUGGUUGGCCACGAACAGCCGGCCAUUCAUCAGCAGCAGUUGCCUCAGCUGAAUCAACUGGAGCAGCAGCUUCAACAGCAGCUCAUUCAGCAGCACCAGCAGGACAGCAGUGGACAGACGCAGCGUCCGAUGACCGAUGCCGAGGUAGCCCAUCUUCUGAACUACGGUAUGAUCAACUUGCACAGCAACCUAGCACCGAGCGACUACUACCACUACCAGGUGGAUCAACCGACGACGGCGGGAUCAGCAACAUCAUCCCAGCAGCCCGUGCACGCGUUCUACGAGCUGUCCGAGCGGCAAAAGGAAAACGAUCGUAUCCUGGCGCAAGCCCAACAGGAUCUCUACCAUCAGCAGCAACAGCAACAACAGUACCAACAGCAACAGCAGCAUCACUACCAGCAGCAAAUGCAACAGCAGCAGCGGCAGGAAGUUCAGCAACAGUACCAACCGGUGCAGUCGGAGGGAGCUCCGGCCAGUUCCGAUUACCUGAAGGCCUACCAGGAACAUCAGCAAGCCGUCUCAAAUAUCCUCGGUUUGCGUGACCAACCAGCUGGUGGGGACAACCAGCUUCAACCAGCGCAGCAGCAUUACUCCUAUCAGCGAAACCAGCAGCAGCAACAGCAGCAACAGCUACAGCAGGCAGUCGGAAGUACGAUUGCACCCCAAACCACCCAUAGUCCUUUGAGGAUAUACGUGCCCGAGGAUGUCGAGCAUGAGUAUUCCAAUAGUGUACACGCUCAGAAGCGGAUGGAUGAGAUUGAUUUUGAGUAUGCCGAUGCAGGACAGGUGCCAACGGAGGAAAGCAAACCGACCGAUGCAUAUGAAGAAAGGAUGGAUGAAGAUUCGGAACCAGUGGCAGAGCUGCAGCCACGGACUGAGGAACCCGACGAUGAAGAGGAAAACUACACGAAGAAUCUUAGCAACCACCGGCUAGAAUGAGCGAGCCCCCCAUUGCUCCUCACUGAGACCCAGUGUCAUUCGUGCGUACAAUAUUAACGGUAGAAC